CCUCUGCGUUACUUCGUCUUCUUCGACUCGUGAGAUUGUGAUCACAGUAGGGCAAACGAAAGACUUUAACUUUAUAGAUUCUACGAGGUGGGUUGAUCGAUUUAGUCAUCUGGGUUUUCUUCUCUAGUGGUUCUUGGAAUGGAUCAAGCUUCGUCUUCGUCGAAUGUUAAGGAAGAGAAGAGAUCUUCCACUGAUCCUGUGACCGUCGAUGAAAACGAGGAGAGGGAAGCUAUAGAGAUUCCUCUCUUCCAAGUGCCUGAAUGCUAUGUUUAUUUGAUACCUCCAAGGAAAAGCGCAGCUUCCUACAGAGCGGAUGAGUGGGACGUGAACAAAUGGGCAUGGGAAGGAGCAUUGAAAGUGGUGAGCAAAGGAGAAGAGUGCAUUAUCAAACUUGUAGAUAAAACCACAGGAGAACUUUACGCUCAGGCCUUUCUAAGAGAUGGUGAACUUCAUCCAGUAGAAGCCGUAAUCGACAGUAGCAGAUACUUUGUUCUCCGUGUGGAAGAAAACAUAGGUGGUCGUGUUCGUCAUGCUUUUAUUGGACUUGGAUUCAGGGAGAGAACUGAGGCAUAUGACGUCCAAGCUGCACUACAUGACCACAUGAAGUACUUGAACAAGAAGAAAACAGCAGAAGAGAUGGAACAACACUUUCAGAACACUUCAUCUGUUGAUUACAGCUUAAAGGAAGGAGAAACCAUUGUUCUUCAACUAAAAAACAGGAACGAAAAGGACACAAAGACUAAAUUGGUAGAGAAGAGUCUGAGCAAUCUCUCGUUGGAGGAUAAGGGCAAGUCAAUAGAAACCAUUCCUCCAAUCAUCCCACCGCCUCCACCUCCUGGACCGCUUUCUCCUGCGGCAACCACACCGAAGUCCCCAUCAAGCCUUAGCCUCCAAAGAUCGUCUGAACAACAAGAUCUAGAUACAAAGCGAGAAGAAGUAGAGAAGAAAGAAGACCAAGAAGCUAAAGAAACAGGGGUUGAAGAUGCACCAGAUGAUGACUUUGGAGAUUUCCAAGCCGCAGGCUGAUUUGAGUUAACCAUUAAGUAUUUUACCAUACAUAAAGCAUCGUUUUUAUAAGUAAUGUGACUGAUCAAAGUUUGGGUUGUUUGCUUUUGAGAGAGAGUCCACCUUCUGUACAAUUGCAUACAAAGACUAUUUCUCUGAACUUGUGAUUAGAUAGAGAUACUUUCAAGUCUUUUCAUUUAUUCGCCAUACACAAUGUUCAAAAAA